AAUUAUGUUUUUUUUUUAAAAGAAAACCAGGCAAUGUCCUAUGCACUCUGUCGCUCCAGCGCCCAGAGCGGAGCCUGGCACGGAACCGGUGCUCAGUAGACAGUGCCCUAGAUAAGAGAAACUCCAGCCUAGAGAUGGCACGUGUCCUUCUCCCCAUGGUGGCUCUCCUCCUGCCAAUGGUGGGAUGGGACUCAAUCCAUCCCGUUGAGGCAGCCCAACCAGGUAGAAAGCUGGGGAGAUGGAAGGAUAACAUCAGUUUUGGCUGGUGUCCUCCCACUGCCCAGGAGUGGCUUUUCAAGGUUCUCCAUCUUGGAGGUUGGUGGAAGGGGCAGAAGGAAGAAGAGCCAGAGGGGAGGGAAAGUCAGCUAAAACACCUUUUCCACAGAGGAAGAAGGCCCUGAAGCAUAAAGGCCCCAGGGGUACAGACAGGAGCAGGGGAGAGAGGCUGUUGCCUGGCUGCCCUCCCCCAGACACACAUAUCCUAUGGAGGGUGGGUCUCACGACUGCUUCCUUUCCUGCCCUUAAUUAGCAGCUCCCCCUAUGCACUGUCCCACGCCAGCCCCCAGGCAAGACCUCUUUUGUGCUCCCAGAUUCCUAGGAGCAAGGUGGCCUCAUUAGUGCCUGGAGACCGCCCCAUCUCCAGGGAGCAGGCAGACAGACAAGGUGGGGGACCAGAGGCACAGAGAUCCAACUCAAGACUCUGAUCGCCUUGGCGGUCAUUCCUGGGGCCCAGCCUGGAGACCGCACUCCUGCGGGAGGCUAAUCUUAGACUUGCCUUUGUCUGUUCCCGGAGUAGAUGCAAGCACCCAUCUCUCCCCCUUCCCCGUCUACCACCUCUGAGCACUAUAAACCCCAGGCUCCUGCUAGUGAGUUGCAGUUGACAGCCUCAAAGUUCCUGGCUAUUCGGACCACUGCAGAUGACACCUUUCCCGGCUACCCAACUCUGAGCUCCAGACACCAUGAAUCCUUCCUCUACAAAGGUCUCCUGGGCCACCGUGACGCUGCUGCUCCUGCUACUGUUGCUGCCCCCCGCGCUGCUGUCACCUGGGGCGGCCGCGCAGCCCCUGCCCGACUGCUGCCGUCAGAAGACGUGCUCCUGCCGCCUCUACGAGCUGCUGCACGGCGCGGGCAAUCACGCGGCCGGCAUCCUCACACUGGGCAAGCGGCGGCCAGGGCCCCCGGGUCUCCAGGGCCGGCUGCAGCGCCUCCUGCAGGCCAGCGGCAACCACGCGGCAGGCAUCCUGACCAUGGGCCGCCGCGCAGGCGCAGAGCCAGCGCUGCGCCCCUGCUCCGGCCGCCGGUGUCCCUCUGACGCCGCCUCGUCCGUGGCUCCUGGGGGACGGUCCGGGGUGUGAGCUCUCGCUCGGAUCCAGUCCUGGCCCUACCCUGGCCCCUCCCUCACCCCCGCAGGGGUAAAAAAAAAAAAGUGUUAGCUCGCAGGAAAAAGGGGAAUAAAGUCUCCCUCUCUUA